GAUGCUUACAGACCCGGAAGUGGCUGUGGAGUAUGGAAGGGUACACUGGCCUUUCUGGUUUCAGUAUUGCUGGUGUAAACAUGAGCGUCUCAGUCCACAUUUCUCCACGCAUAAAGCCUGAGAGUCACUACAGGCGUUGAAGUCCCCGAACGUGACUUUCUACAGCGGAGUUUAUGGACAUCUGUGGAAGGAGAAAGCACCUGAAAACCAAGAAAAAACUGGCAGUGUGGUCUCCACCUAGAAGUUUAUUGUUCCUGACUCUUCUAUGACAAAGGACAGGAGAGAGUGGCCUUUUCAGCUUUCCAGGUCCUUCUGCCUGUGAGUGUGGUGGAAGUGGAGGAAGGGACUGUGUGGACACCUUUGAAGGCACAUCCUCAAAAUGCAGACAUGACUCCUCAGCACAUCGUCCCCUGAGAAAACAACCCAGAGCAGGACCAGGACAACAUGGCUGCUUUUCAGAGAUCAUUGACCUUCAGGGAUGUGGCUGUAGAUUUCUCUCUAGAGGAGUGGGAAUGCCUGGACCCAGCUCAGAGGAAAUUGUACAUGGAUGUGAUGAUGGAGAACUACAGGAACCUGGUCUCCCUGGGUCUUGUUGUCUCUAAGCCAGUCCUGGUCACCUUUUUGGAGAAAAUAAAGGAGCGCUGGGAUGUGAAGGGAAAAAAGACAUGUGCCCUCUCAGCUAUGUCAUCUGAAGACAACCAAGCCUUGUUACGAAAGCCAGGAAUAGAAGAUUUAUUCUCUAAAAUAAUACUGUGUUACCAGAGUACAUAUAAUGGAGACAGAAGUUAUCAGUUCAAUGAACAUUGGAAACACUUUAACCAAGAGUCCAAUCCUAAUAAACAUCAGAGAACUCAGCUUCCAGAGAACCAUUGUGAAGUCUUUGACCAAAAGUCAAAUCACAAUACUCAUCAGAUUAUUUCAAUUGUAGUGGAAAAGACAAGCAAACAAAGUAAAUAUGUCAAAUCUUUGAAGCCAUCUGCAAAUCACACUGAACAAGACAAUAUUUAUUCUGGGGAGGAAGCUUACAAAUGUAAUCAGUAUGGGAGAGUCUUCAGUCAAAUAUUCAAUCUAAAUAGACAUAAGAAAAGCCAUACUAGUGGUAAACUUUACAAGUGUAAAGUAUGUGGUAAAACAUUUAAUUGGCCUUCAGGUCUUACUAUACAUCAGAUAAUUCAUACUGGGGAGAAGCCUUACAAAUGCAGGGAAUGUGGCAAAGACUUUUGCCCAUCUUCCAAACUUACUAAAUAUCAGAGAAUUCAUACUGGAGCAAAGGCUUACAAAUGUUUAGAAUGUGGCAAAACCUUUAUCUGCUACUCAGAGCUUACUAAACAUCAGAGAAUACACACAGGAGAGAAACCAUACAAAUACAGAGAAUGUAGCAAAGCCUCUAUCCAGUCCACAGACUUUACUGAACAUCAGAGAAUUCAUACUGGAGAGAAGUUUUAUAAAUAUAGAGAAUGUGGCAAAACCUUUAGCCAGCGUUCAGCACUUACUCAACAUAAAAGAAUUCAUACUGGAGAGAAGCCUUAUAAAUGCAGAGAACAUGGCAAAGGCUUCAGUCAGUCCUCGACCCUUACUGACCAUCAGAGAAACUAUAAUGGACAAAAGCCUUACAAAUGUGGACAAUGUGGCAAAGCCUUUAAAUGCUCCUCAAAACUUAUUCAUCAUCAGAUUAUUCAUAGUGGAGAGAAACCUUACAGAUGUAAGGAGUGUGGGAAAACCUUUUUGUGGUAUUCAUACCUUACUAAACAUCAAAUAACACAUUCUCGAGAGAAGCCUUACAAAUGUAGAGAAUGUGGGAAAGACUUCAAGUGGCAUUCAUAUCUUACUGAACAUGAGAGAAGAGUUCAUACUGGGGAGAAACGUUACAAAUGUAGAGAAUGUGGUAGAUCCUUUAUCUAUCACUCAGAACUUACUCACCAUCAAAAAAUUCAUAUUGGAGAGAAGCCUUAUAUAUGUAGUGUAUGUGCCAAAGCCUUUAAUCAGCAGUGGUGUCUUAUUCGACAUGAGAAAAUUCAUACUGGAGAGAAACCUUACAAAUGUAUAGAAUGUGGCAAAGCCUUUAGUGCAUCCUCAACCCUUUCUGAGCAUCAGAGAAUUCAUACUGGAGAGAAGCCUUUUAAGUGUAGAAAGUGUGACAAAGCCUUUAAUCAGCGGUGGUGUCUUACCCGACAUGAAAGAAUUCAUACUGGAGAGAAACCUUACAAAUGUACAGAAUGUGGCAAAGCCUUUAGAGCUUCCUCGACCCUUACAGAACAUCACAGAAUUCAUACUGGAGAGAAGCCUUAUAAAUGUAGAAAAUGUGACAAAGCCUUUACCCAGCGUUCAAAACUUACUGUACAUCAGAGAGUUCAUACUGGAGAGAAACCUUACAGUUGUAAGGAGUGUGGUAAAACCUUUGCUUGAGAGUGAAUCUUUCUAAAAAUUAGAUAAUUCAUUCUUGACAGAAGCCUUACAAAUAUAAAGAAUGUGGCAAACCCUUUAAUUACCACUGGCCUCUUACACAAACACCAGAGAAUUUAUACAUUGUAUGUGCCAGAGCCUUUAAUCAGCAGUGGUAUCUUACCCAGCAGGAGUGAAUUCAUACUAGAGAGAAACCUUACAAAUGUAGAGAAUGUGGCAAAGCCUUUAACCUGUGCUCAAAACUUGUUCAACAUUGCAGAAUUUGUGCUGGAGAGUAAUAAUAAUAAUAAUAAUAAUAAUAAUGUAAAUAACUUGGCAAGAUAUUUAACCUUUGUUCAAGCCUAUUGAGCAUCAGAAAAAUAAACCUUAUAAAUAUAACACAUGCUCCCAGGUCUUUAUCCUCAAUCAUAGUUUUCUCAAUAUUUGAUCAUUAAUACUGCAUAGAAGACUAACAAAUAAAAAUGAUGUGGCCAAAGCUUUACCCAGGAUGCAAACCUUACUAAACAUUAGAAUUCACACUAAAGAAAAACAAUACAAUUGUGAAGAAGGCGAAAAGACUUUAUUCAGCAUUCAUAGCUUAUUCAAUGCAUGAAAAUUCACACUAGAGAGAAACUUUAAGGGUAAAGAAUGUGGAACACCUAUGGCUGGACCUAGAACCUCACUCAAUAUCAGGGAUUGCACACUGGGGAAGAAUUCUAUAUUCAUAAUAAAAGAUGAAAGACUUGUCCACAUUAUACACUUCACAAAAGCCCAAACAACUUAGGCCUUAAAGUGACUUUAAAGAUGUAAAUAAUUUGCAAAAGUUUGUAAUUGAAUAGGAAUUUUAAAAUAUUACUGAAUUCACAGAAUGAAGGUCAACAAUUGGUUUUAGGUAUUACUAUAAAUCAGAAUACUUACACAGAAUAAUCCAAUUUUUAAAGACUCAGAUAAGGACUUCUAUUUGCUUCAGAGUAUCAAGGGGAUGGAUGUUUCUAUAUGUAUAAUUACAGUGUAUUCUAUUUUAUAUUGACAGUAUAUUAGAUAUUUUGAGAAGAAAUAUUUAUGAUUCCACUGUCAUAAUAAUUAGUUACUAUGUUUUUAUUCCUAGUGUAUGUGAUGAGUUUGAAUGUUGCUUUUUUUAAAGAUCUGUGAACUCUUGUAUAUUAGGUGAGUUUCACUCAUAUCUACUUUUACAUGGAAGAUUGAAGACAUAAUGCACAAUGUAUGAAAAAAUCUAAAUGGAGAUGUUGUUUGUGGUUGACUUAAAAUGUUGUUGUAUGUCACCAUGAAGAGCAUCUUUUUUUGCAUCGGUGUAAGGCUGUGGAGCAUUAUGAAUUUUAAGUUCUUUUUCCAAUAACUCUCUUUAAGGAAAAUAUGGUGGCAAUUUAUUAAAACCUUGAUGUAUCUUCAUAGUAGCCAUAGACAGAUGAGAUGAUGUGGUUGAAAUAAAAUAAAAAAGUGAUCAGGGAUAUCUGAAAAAGCAUAGACAACUCAUUUCUUUUUUUAACUAUUCACCCAAGGAUAAGUUUAUUGAUUUUAUAGACAGAAGAAAGGAGGGAAGAGAGAGAGAAUAUCGAUUGACUUCUAAGACCAUAAAAUUAUUGUAUUUCCAUGUUUGCUAAAUAAUUAGCCUCCAUUCUGAAAACCACAAAAGCACAGCUGUCAGAUCACUAUAUAGUAAAAUCCAGUCAAAAGACAAAGGGUAGCUGAAGGAAUAGAACAAGACCUAUAGAUAUGCUGUCUACAAGAGACCCACCUCAGAUCAGAGUGAAAGUAAUGACGUGGAAACAGUUCCCCUCUACCUUUGGGCUCUGAAGAACCUACUCUGUAGAAAAUUUUGCUCUAGUGAGCAAUCUAUAUCAUGGAAAGUGCACGUAUAAUAGAUAUAAAGAAUAAUCAUGUUCAUAGUUAGCUGUCCUAUGGUAGAGGUAACUUUUAAUGGAGUCAACAUGUAAACAGUCUUUAGAUACACAGAAACUUCUUUUGGCAGGUGCUCAGGCAGGUUAGAGCAGGCCUGAUGGGUAAUUCAGGUAAAGAUGCUUUGCUUUUAUCUGAACCACUUAAUAGAUGACUGCUUUACUUUCUCUUUUUAAAAUUUGGAAAUCCAGUGUUAAAAAAAAAAAAAGAACUGUGUUGCCCUGUCUAGUGUGGCUCUGUUGGUUGGGCAUUGUUUGGAAAAGCUAACAGUCACCAGUUCAGUUCCUGGUCAGGGAACAUGCCUCAGUCGCUGGUGGUCCCUGGUCUGUCAGGGUACAUGGGAAAAGCAACCAGUUGAUGUUUCUUUGUCACAUUGAUGUUUCUCUCCCUAUCUUUUGGCCUCCCUUCCCAUCCCCUGAAAAUAAAUAAAUAUAAUCUUAAAUAAAAUGAAAUA